CACAGCAGAAGGACCUCAGCCUGGCAGGAGGCCCUGUGAGACUAUUGGGUACUGAUGGAUGUUUCCGACAGCCCUGAGCGAAACCCCUGCUCUCCUGAUGAAGAGGACCAUCAGCUUUCCGACGACGAAGUCCUGAAGGAGAGUGGUUCAGACCGGGAACUUGAUGGAGAGGGUGGGCAAGGCAGUGUCCUGGGAGAGGAGGAGGAGGAUGCAGCCAGGGGACUGAGUCAUGGUGAAGAGGAGAACCACUCAGAUGAAGAGGACCGCUUAAGCGAAACCAAGUCUCAGGAGUCUGACAACAACGAGCAGAGUGGGGAGCUGAAGAGCCCUCCGCCUCGCAAAGGAGAGGAGGAAGACCGUGCAAAUGACCUUGGUGAUGAAGCGUCCUCUGUCACCCGUGAACUAGAUGAGCAUGAGUUGGACUAUGAUGAGGAAGUUCCUGAGGAACCAAGUGCUGCUGCUGCAGAGGAGGAUGGUGAGAAAGCUGCUGGUGAGGAUGAUGAGGAAGAGGAGAAAGGAGAUGAUGCCCAUGAAGAUGAGAAAAAAUCCAGCAGUAAAAGUGACGAUGAAAAGGAUGGCCAGGAUCCUCUCAAGGAGAAGAAGAAAGAAGAAGAUGAUGGAGAAAUCGAUGAUGGAGAAAUCGAUGAUGAUGACUUAGAAGAAGGAGAAGUUAAAGACCCCAGCGACAGAAAAGUGAGGCCUCGUCCCACCUGCCGAUUCUUCAUGAAAGGUCACUGUACUUGGGGCAUGAACUGUCGAUUUAUUCACCCUGGCGUGAAUGAUAAAGGAAACUACUCCUUGAUCUCCAAGCCUGAGCCCUUCUCCCCAAAUGGUGCUCCUCCUAUCGGCCCUCACCCACUGAUGCCAGCCAACCCUUGGGGAGGGCCAGUCGUUGAUGAAAUCUUACCUCCGCCCCCUCCAGACCCUCCAACAGAAAGUGCCUGGGAGAGAGGACUCCGGCAUGCUAAAGAGGUAUUAAAAAAGGCAACUAUGAGAAAAGAACAGGAGCCUGACUUUGAGGAGAAGAGGUUCACUGUGACUAUCGGAGAAGACGAGCGUGAAUUUGACAAGGAAAACGAGUUUUUCCGCGACUGGAAUUACCGCAUCACCAGAGACGUCAGAGAUCCAGCGCUUGAUCCCUAUACAGAUCCCUAUUAUGACUAUGAAAUAGAACGGUUCUGGCGUGGUGGGCAGUAUGAGAAUUUCAGGGUUCAGUAUACAGACCCAGAUCCAUACCGUAACUACAGAGAAAGAGAGCGAGAACGGGAAAGGGAAAGAGAGAACAGACAACGAGAAAGGGAACGCGAGAGGGAGCGAGAGCGGGAACGGGAACGGCGCCAGCGGGAGCGAGAACGUGAAAGGGAACGGGAACGUGACAAGGAACGCCAGCGGCGGAAAGAAGAGUGGGAACGUGAGAGAGAACGAGUGAAGAGAGAUGAAAAAGACAGGCAGCACAGGGACCGGGACAGGGACCGAGACCGGGACAGGGACAGGGAACGUGAAAAGGAGAAAGAAAAACCAAAGCCCCGGUCCCCGCUGCUACCAAGCCGUCAGCCUGAGCCACCAAAGAAGGAGAAGGAGGCAACCACAAUUACCACCACUCAGUCGAAGAGGGCAGAUGAAUGGAAGGACCCCUGGCGCCGAUCCAAGUCCCCCAAAAAGAAACUCGGUGUCUCUGUCUCUCCCAGCCGUGCGCGUAGGCGCCGAAAAACCUCUGCUUCUUCAGCGUCUGCUUCUGGCUCUUCAAGGUCCUCUUCUCGUUCAUCCACCUAUUCUGGUUCAGGUUCCUCGCGAUCUCGUUCCAGAUCAUCUUCUUACAGCUCUUACUCUAGUCGCUCUUCAAGACACAGCUCUUUCUCAGGCAGCAGGUCCAGAUCACGGUCCUUCUCAUCUUCACCCUCUCCUUCUCCAACACCGUCUCCACACAAGCCACUUGCGAAGGCUAAGGGGGAGUUAUUACCAUCUGCUGGUAAAGGUGAAAAAUCUGUGAAGAAACUAGCUGCCCUUCCGGUACCUCAGCCGCUCGCUAAAAUUACAGCAGCUGCACCGGAGCCAGCCAAACCAGGGGAUAAUCGAGAGGCAAGAAGGAAGGAACGUCAGACAAGGACUCCACCUAGGAGGCGGACUAUCAGCGGCAGCAUCAGUGGCAGUGCCAGCAGCUACAGUGGUUCCAGUUCCCGAUCUAGGUCCCUGAGCGUGAGCAGCGUUUCUUCUGUCUCUAGUGCCUCCUCUAGCAGCAGCUCUGUACGCAGCGCCGACUCCGAAGACAUGUACGCGGACUUGGCCAGUCCUGUUUCCUCAGCCAGCUCCCGAUCCCCAACCCCAGCACAGCAGAAGAAAGGUAGAGGAAAGUCAAAAAAAGAAGAUAGUGCUAAAGAGGAGAAGCGGAAACGGGAUGUGCCUGCUCAGCUCCUGAAAUCAGCCAAGCCCACCCAGGGGAGCAAAUCGCAGCAGCUCCUCCAGACCCAGCAGCCCUCAGGUCCCCAGUCUCAGCAAGGGGGCUUCAGUGCUCACAAAGAGAUCAAACUGACGCUUUUGAAUAAGGCAGCUGACAAAGGAAGCAGGAAGAGAUACGAGCCAGCAGACAAAGACAGGCCGACCUCUCCUCCAGCCAAACGGGCGAACCUGUCACCUGACAGAGGCUCUCGCGACAGGAAGGCGACCGGGAGACUCUCUUCACCCAAGCAAGAGCGACAGAGGGGUCAGAACCCAAAACCUUCUCCUGCACAGACAGACAGGAAACGCCAGCUCUCACCUCAGUCCAAGAGCUCCAGCAAAGUCACGAGCAUACCGGGCAAAGGAUCCGAGCCGGGCCCCACGGGUGCCAAGGCGGGCAAGUCCAGCACCCUGUCGCGACGGGAGGAGCUCCUGAAGCAGCUCAAGGCGGUGGAAGAUGCCAUCGCUCGCAAGCGGGCCAAAAUCCCGGGGAAAGUAUAGUGGGCCGUGCGUGGAGCGCCGCUCUGCCCCUUAGUGACUGUUCAUGUUUUUAUAAAUAGUGUAAAAGCGGCCACUUUGGGAUUUUGCAGUUCUGUCUUAUUUUGGCUGCGAUUCUUUUUAAAAAAAAAAACCCACACAAAAAAAAAAAAAUA